ACGAAACGUAGCAGUGGAAAUUCGUACCUCGCUAUGUACAUCAACCCCGAAAGAACUGAGCGCGUGCUGUCUCUGGGCCUCUUGUGCAUGGUGGCCGCCUUCGUCCUCAAGCUCUUUGGCAUCCCGUGGACCUACGCCUUUUUCGGUCUCUGGUCUCUUGCGGUCUUGAUUUACUGGAGGGGGGCGCGAUCUAAGGUUUCCACUGUGGGAAAGGCCGUACUGGUGACUGGCUGUGACACUGGGAUUGGCCACUCGCUUGCCUUACGCCUCGACCAACUGGGUUUUCGAGUAUUCGCCUGCUGCGCCUACGCCGACGAGCGGAGUGCGGGCACGCAAGCUCUCCGGCGAAAUGGCUCUCAGCGUCUUCACGUGUUGCAGCUCGAUUUCAAUGAUGACUUGCAGAUCUUGGAGGUUUACGUGAGAGUCACCCGAUUAUUGGCUCGUGGGGAGAAGUUGUGGGCGCUCGUCAACUGCGAGGGCACCUGCUGGACACACGACGCAGGGCAAUGUCUCAACAUCAAUAUGUACGAGAAACUGUGUGAUUACAUUCUCCUCCGCACAGCCACCAUAGUUAGGAUGUUCCUUCCGUUGGUGAUGCACGCCAGAGGUCGAAUUGUAACAAUUGGGUGCACAUAUCGUGAGCUGUCUUCAUGGCGCGAAGAUCAACAUUACUUGGUCUCCAACUCUAUGUUUGAAGACUUUGAUAAGUGUCUAAGAAAACAGUUGAAACAUCGUGGCGUGAACGUUUGUCGAAUUGAGCUCCUCUCUCCCAACACAAGUGAAUCUCAUCAAGACCACUGGACGCCUACUUGGGGUAAAGACAUUACAAGGUCAGGGUGUAUUUUCGACCAAGUAGUUCGCAAUAGAGGGGAGACGGACGUCAGCGAAGUGGUGGAAGCUCAUGCGAAAGCCGUGACAGAUGUAUUUCCCCUUAACAGAUAUUUUUCUUCCAUUCCAUGUUGAGUCAGCAAAAGAGUAGCAUGGUAGUAGUGUUUACAAAUAGUAUUAAAAGAUAAGUAUCAGCCAGAUAUGCAUAAAUGUGUUUGGCUGUUGCUUAAACAGUGGUUGUAAUUUUUGGUGUAGCUACCCCUGUUAUAUAUGCAUGUGCGUGCAUGUGCGUUCUUCACCUUACGGUCUGUAAGAAUUUUGCGAAAUAAAGUCCUUGUUAUUUCA